AAUUUUUUAGAGAUUUUUACAUUAUUUUUGAUGGUGCUAGAUAAGGAAUUACAACUUGACUUGGUAGAACAUGCUGCUAUGCUUCAAAAUAAAGCAAUGAUUCAAAAUAAUGUUUUAGCUAAACGAAAGCAACAAUUGGAGCACUGGGAAAAUUCUGAAAUGAAUCAAAUUUGUCCAAAACGCAACCAUUAUCAACUCUCCAAAGUUAAAUUCCAAAACAGUGACAUCUUUUUAAGUGCCUGUCAAAGCGGGGAUGAAGACGAAGUUGAAGAACUUUUGAAAAAAGGGUCUGAUAUUAAUUCUUCGAAUAUUGAUGGAGUGACUGCUCUUCAUCAGGCUGUUAUUGACGGAAAUAUGGACAUUGUUCGCUUUCUAGUCCAACACAAUGCGGAUAUUAAUGCUCAAGAUAAUGAAGGGUGGACACCUUUACAUACUGCUGUUUGUUGUGGAAAUUUGAAUAUUGCAAAAUAUUUGUAUGAAAACAAUGCAGAUUUGGCUUGUGUAAAUAGUGACAGAGAAUUACCUGUAGAUUUGGCAGAAAAUGAUGAAAUGAGAAAUUUUUUGGAGGAGGUUAUGCGGUUAAAAGAAGUUGAUGAAAGGAAGGCGAGGGAAAGUGAAUUUAAUGCAAUGCUUGAAGAUUGUGACAGAUGGAUUCAAUCUGGUAAAUGUCUUGACACACCUCAUCCAAAGACUGGGGCGACUGCUUUACAUGUGGCUGCUUCUAAAGGAUAUGUCCAGCUUAUUGGUCUAUUUUUCAUUUUUCUGAACGUUUUUCAAAUUUUUUUACAAUUUUUAGAGAAGCUAAUCAAUGCGGGCGCGGAUAUUAACGCUCCAGAUUUUGAAGGUUGGACACCUUUACAUGCAGCUGCUCAUUGGGGAGAACGUGAAGCUUGCCGUAUACUUGUAGAAAAUGGGGCGAAUUUUGAUACUUUGACUUAUUUUGGACAUUCUGUUUUGUCUGUAGCUGAUAAAUCGAUUGAAGAAUAUUUGUACAAUUUAAAAGAGGAACAAGAAAAAGCUCGUUUGGAUGAAGCAGCAAAGAUGUCAUCAGGUGAAGACACAAAUGAAGAAGAGGAGAAUGAAAAGACUAGUAUUAAUCAACUUAAAGAAGGUUCAGUGGAAAGCGGAAAUAGUAAUGGAAGCAAUAAUGAAGAAGAAGACGGGGCAACGACAGAAGAAGUUGAAGAAGUUCAAGUUGAUGAAGAAGUUCAGGCAACCUCAGCAACUUCAAGCAGUCAAGUUCCAAGUAAUAGUCAUUCAAAUUCUCCAAGUGUAGAAGAAAAUUUUUCAUCAAAUACUGGUUCUGGAAUUAGUUCAAUUCAAACAACAAGUAGAUCUGUUACUCCUAAAGAUCGUUCCUCCAGUUUGUACAGCAGCGAUCAAAGUGUUCAAUGCACUAUUAGAGCAGGAGUUCCAACAACAAAUAAAUCAAUGAAUUUAGAAGAUCGUUCAACUUCCUCUUCUCCAAGUAUUUCAACAUCUACUUCAACAAGUUUAAAUAGUAAUUCAAUUGCAAAAUCAACUCAACAACAGACACAUCAAAAGUCUGCUGUAUUAAGAGCUGCUGAAGAAACUGUUAAACGUCUCCGUCGUCAACUACCAAUCGUUCAGUCAACAGUUACACGAAUUCCCUUAACACCCUUACCCAAUGAAAGAGCAAAAUCGUCUUCUGUUGAUUGUGGGAAGCCUUCAAGCGGGCUAUUAAAUGUGGAAUCCUCCCCCUCCCUAAAAUCAUCUCCUCUAAAAUCGCCUCCAUCCUCAGCUCCCUUAGUUCAAUCUGCUCGGCUUUUUUGGAAUUCUAUAGAAAAUAAUAAUUGCCUUGUUCCAGUUCAACAAUCAACACAAAAUCAACAACAAAAUCUUCAAAAUCAUCCAAUUACAAGUACACAAUUACAUCAACAACAAUUUUUAAAAUCUAGACAAAAAUUUGCUGUAAAUGAUUCUAGUGGUGGUGGGAGUGGUGGAGGAAAUUCGUUGAGUAGUAAUAAUGGAACGACUCAAUCUCCUUUUGCUUUUGUUGCAGGCGAACAGCAAAAACAACAAUACCAACAACAAUUUCCAACCAAAAAACCUUCACAUAUAUUUAAAAGAGCAGAAAGUUUAAAAGUUGUUGGAUCCUCAUUUAAUAAUAACAACAUAUUCAUUCCACCAAAUAAUCCACAACAUCAAAACCAAGCAGUUCAACAACAUCAAGCAGUUCAACAACAACCUCCCCAACAAUUUAUGUUAUGGAGACAACAAACAGUUUCAUCAUCAAAAGAUUUGUUAAAGGAUCCAAAAGACCCAAUAAAGGACCGGAAAAAUUCUGUUAAGACAACAAAAAUUGUUCUGCCAGGCCCCCAACCUUCAUUAAAAAAUAUUUUUGUGGGAGAAACAACAACAAAAUUUUCAGCUAAUAAAAAACCUUUGUUACCUUUAACUGCUGCUUUUACAACAACAAUUUCAAAUGCUGAAGAAGAAGGAAGAACACCCCCAUCAGAAAGUUGUUCAUCUUCUAUAGCUGCUAGUCCUUCAGCUUUGUCUUCUUCUUCAAUGAUUAACAGUAACAACAAUUUCCCGUUUGUUACUGUGAGGAAACAAUCAUUACAACAAACAACACCACCUACCCAACCAACUUCUCAAAAGGAAAGUGAAUCGGAGCGCAAAGCAAAAUCUAAAUUGAAGCGUUCUACUAGACGUUCUACACAAGGUGUUACUUUAGAACAAUUAGGAGAAGCCGCUGGACACCAUAAAAGUAAUAAUAAUGGAAAUUAUCAUUAUCAUCAACAACAAAAUUCUGGAGAUCGUAUUCAACAAGCUAAUGAGAAAUUUAAUUGCUUUAUGGAGGUAACUAAAGAAAAUCGUGAUGUCAACGAUGAAUUGAAAUUUUUAAAGAAGACUGUUCAAGACCUUCAAUUACAACAACAACAUUUAAAGAAUGAAAUUCUUUGGAGAGACAAAUUAAUUCAUGAAAACGGCUUUCUUGUUGCUAAACAGGACCCUAAUGAUGUCUUUAUUCAACCUCUACAAUAUUCUAGAGACUUUACUGACAAUGGAAUUGACCCUACUAAAAUGUAUAUAAUUUUCAUAUUUUAUUAUAAGGUCUGAAAACAAUUUUUAAAAAUUUUUUAAAAUUAAAAAAAAUUUUUUUUGUCCGCAAAAAAUUUGCGGACAUCCGCAAAAAAAUUAAAAUAUUUUUUUGCCUCAGGCAAUUCGACCCUCUACUUCUUUCUUAUGUAACAUUAGCUGCUGUUGAAAAAGCAUAUCCUGGCACCUCUGCUGUUGACCAAAAAAUUCAAAGAAUUGUUGAAUCGAACCGAAAACUUCGUCAACAAAUAGACGAUGCUGAAAAGACUUUGUAUAACUAUCGGUUACAAUCUCAGGAAAUUUUGAACUCUAAUG